UGCUGGACUCGCCCCAAGUGGCAUCCGUGAUGAUGACGUCUAAUAAACGUGACAGCCACUGCAGUUGUAAAGACGCGACGAAAAUGGCUACGUGUGUAAUGCUACGUUGCUUGUCUUCCAACUUUACCUCUGCCAUGCCCUUUCUCUACAGUUCGGCACAGCUAACUCCCUCUCGGCUGGUAUCCAGGGCAUAUGUACUACGGACUCUGUUCACUACCACCCGACUCUCAUCAGCUCUUAAAUUCACAGACAAACACGAAUGGAUACGAGUAGAGGGGGAGGUAGGGACGGUUGGCAUCAGCAAAUUUGCUCAGGAGGCUCUAGGAGAUGUGGUGUACUGUGGACUACCAGAGGUUGGCACACAGCUGGCACAGACUGAUGAAUUUGGAGCAUUGGAGAGUGUUAAGGCAGCCAGUGAACUGUACUCUCCUCUAACCGGGGAAGUAACAGAGGUCAACACACUCCUGGCAGACAACCCCGGCCUCGUCAACAAGUCCUGCUACAAAGACGGAUGGCUGAUGAAGAUGACCAUUGCUAACCCUAAGGAGCUGGAUGCUCUGAUGGAUGAGAAGGCUUAUGAGAGAUACAUCAGAUCCAUAGAAGACUAGCAUCCAAGACACAACCCUCAUCACCCCCUCACCUGCCUAGCAAUCCCUACUAGAGAGGAAGUGCACCAGUUGUGCCGGGAGUCAGAUGUGACACUACACCGGGAAACCACCAGAAAUGCCAGAGAAGCAGCAGAGCUCAUCCAUGUUGACUUGCCAGUGUUAUUGUGGUCUGAAUGUUAAGUCUUUAGUGUACUGGUAAUGACUAUGACCUAAUGGGGAUGUUGGGAGCAAAUGUCUUACACAUGUGGCAUGACGUACUGUACAUGGCUGAUGUAGUGAUACUGUACGAGUCCUGAUGCAUUCUCUGGCUGAAUCUCAAGUCUUAUCCUUGAUUCCUUGUGUCCUUUCUCCACCUCCUUAAAACAUUAGAGGGUUUCAUUAUGUUUUGAGGAGCUAAGGACACAAAAUAAUUGAGGAAAAUACUUGAAGAUUAAUCCUCAGUCUUCCACUCAAAGCCUUCCCCAAGCACAGGGGAUGAGGAACUUUUGCUGCAUUCAUAAUUAAGUGAGAAGUUGUUAAUUAUACCAGUUGGAUGUAUUCACAUGCUUUUAACUAAUUGAGAAAUUGGAUGAUAGAUGAGUUUCCCACUAGUAAUUAUGACUUGUAGGGGUGUUUAAGUGGAUUUUCCCAGUUGUGUGUGGUAAAUACCACCUUCCCACUUGGUUAUGAAUGCAGCAUCAAGACUGAACACUACUGGGAAAAACAGUGCAAUUCUGAGGACUAUCAGCUGUCUGGAUCAGUCCAUCUGGUAGGGGAGGGGGAAGGGCUAAUAAUAAAGCACUUUGGAUCUGGAGCAGGCUGGUUUCUACUGUAUGUUGUUGUACGUCUGUAUGCCCAGGCACUGAAGAUUACAUAAAAAUAAAACUCUUGACUUGCA